AAGGCGCGAAAGAAACGUCAUCGCUGCUUAGUGUUUUGACGACGUCCGCGUAUAGUCCGGGAGAACGUUCCAUAGAUGACGUCGCCGUUGUUCCGUCUGUUGAACAGAAUUGCCGGGAAGCUGAUUUCAAUGUUGAAAGCCUCAAAAAUAUCUAUAGUACUGGAAAGCUGAAUCAAACAGUACUCGACAUCUCAUACCCAUGCACUUGGGCUAUACUACAUGAUAAAUCAGUUGAUUCUUGUAUUGGUGUUGGCUGUGGAAGUGUUAAACUGAUGGCAUAUGAAGGUCAAUUUGAAUGGAAGGAUGGUGAUGAUGGCGAUUCGGCCUUUCAAACCGCGCAGGGACAUUAUUUAGACUGGGCCAAAUCCUACGAUCAGCUGACUUCAAUUACGGGAUGGACAGGACCGUCCAAAGUAGCUGAUGUAACGGCUGGUUGUUUUACUCCAGAACAGCGCGACUGCGUUCGUAUUCUUGACGUGGGAGCAGGCACAGGCCUUGUUGCAAAGGAGUUGUCGAAACGAGGAUUUCGACACAUCGAUGCUCUAGACCCCUCAGAGGCUAUGUUGAGUGAGGCUAAGAAAGUAGGCGUGUACGAAAACUAUAUCAUCGACUUCCUGUCGUCCGACUCGCCUACUUCUAUUCCAGACAGUUGGUCAGAUUCCUAUGACGCUUUAACAGGAAGUGGAAUAUUUGCUGACGGGCAUGUACCAUUCGAGGCUUUGCAUAAAAUGAUUCGACUUGUCAAACCAGGUACUUUAUUUCGUACUUUGCUACACAAAGUAGCAAGAUGUUAUAUGUUGCGUAAUGGCUGUUUCUUGUUUUUCUUUGGAUUGUGGAAACACUGCAAAAUUCACACCAGUAACUUUGCUUUUCAGACAAAUAUAGAGCCAAUUUGUAAGAUUCAGUGGAGGUUAACAAUACAUAUACCAAUAAAACUUGAGAACAUUACUUAUAAAUAUGAAUAAAAACGCGAGUACCAAACCUUGGUCACGAGAUGAACUAUUUGACCUUGCUUUUUCGUUGCUGGAAAAUGGUAAUAAUCAUUAAAGGAAAAUGUUCCAAUGUUUUUGUUUCAUGCGGUUUUGUUGUUCUAGUUGUAAGUGAUCAGUUUUUGUCUGUCAGUGAACCUUACAAGCUUCUGGAACCAAUGAUGGAUAAACUGGAAUUCGACAGAAAAUGGAAGAAAAUAUCCUCAGAAGUAUUUCCGAAUUAUUAUGGGGUCGAUUCUGGUAGAGUCUGGUGUUUCAAGAUCUGCAAAUAAAGCGUCAGAGUUUUUUUUAUCUAUCUGAGAUUUUAAUCUGAACUCCCCGACCAGAGACAUUUAUUCAGAUAAGAAAUAAUUUCAAACUGUAAUAUUUCUCAGCUUGCAAUGGCCCGAUUAUCCUGGAGAUCAUAUAGCAUUGUCUUUGAUUGUUCGGAUAAAAAUAAAAAAGUGAAAGUAAA